AGCCUUUGAGGGUGCCGCACCCUCCCUCCAGUAGCCCUCCGCGCAGGCGCCCUUCUUUCCUGCUCCGCCGUCUAGCAGCUAGUAGCCAUGGUUUCAGCAACCCGGAAGCGCUGGCGGUGGGAGCUCGGGCUGGCGCGCCCCUCAGCUCGUCAAGGCCGCAAGGCGGAGGAGCUGACAUCGGCAUCUGUCCAAAGACUCAUACUGCAGCUGUGAGCCUAAUGGAGACAGCGCCGAGUGAAGAUGAUCUUUUUGCGACGACACUGUACACUCAGGGAGAUGAUGACCCAUCUGCGAUAACCUGUGAAUCGGAUCCAGAAUUGAAGUCAAAGAAGAAACUUUUUACCAAGCUUCCAAAGAUGCCAAGUAGAUCUCCAUACAGCACACAGCUGUAUUCCAAGAAAGCUACAGUUUGGCCUUCUCUUCAUGGAACAGGCAGUGAAUAUCUUGAGAGUGCGGCUGUAAAAAACCGAAGGCUAAGAUCACAGAAACAAGACAUUGGAAUGAGCUCUCCUCUGAAGUCAGAUGUUGACAUAGGGCACAUGCAAGCUGGUUUUAGUCGCACUCCGGAAUAUCUGAAGGAAAUUCUAGGAACAAAGAACCCGAAACAUUCUCGUUCUUCUAGCAAUGGGUACAUUCCUGGAAAUCCUAACUACAAAGAAAAAGAAGAUAUGUAUGAUGAAAUUAUAGAACUGAAAAAGACAAUACAAGCUCAGAAAAUUGAGAGACAACAAAUGAAAACUAAGAUUCGUCGACUAGAAGAAGUGAUCAAUAGAAAGGAUAAACAGAUUGAAAAACUGUUGAAUUGUUUCAAGGGCUCUGAGAUGGUGCAAGCUUUGUCAGAAAAGAUGAAUAAUAAUGGAUGGGUGGCAAAUGGAUUGAAGCAGAAGAAUCUCAAUCUACAAUUGUGCAAGGAGAGACACGAGACUAUUAACAAAUUCCAGACAGACAUAAACUCCACUACUUUGGAAGAAAUGAAGAUAGCUGUAGAAACCUGCUCUGAAGAGGUUCAUCGUCUCCAGCACUUCCUGGAGAAAUCUGAGGCUAUGAGGAAAAAUACAGAGAGCAGAGAGACCCAAAAACACCUAAAGGCACUGAAUGCUGCUGUCCUGAGAUUAUCCAGGACCAUCAAAAAUUUGCAGACUGAGAAUCGGAGGCUGAAAGAAGAUUUAGAUCAUGUACUGUGCAUUUCUCCUUCCAAUGAAACAGAAAAUUACAGUGAGUGGAGCAAACCCAGGCUGGUGAAGCGGAUUUCAGAACUAGAAAAUAAAAUAAGUGCCAUGGAGAACGCCAGGAUGCCAUCAGCAGAUACCAAUGAGUCAGAGGUAUUCGCUCCACUGUGUUCAACUUAUGAAGACCUGGAUCAUCCAGUCUCUCAACAGGUAGACUCUGUUGAAGAAUGUCAUCGCCUCCAAGGACAAGUGAAGAAACUCCAGAGAGAUAAGAGGGCACUUCGCAGUUUCUUACUCAGUAAAGACAUGGAAAUCCAGAACCUGACACAGAAAUUAGGGAAACUGGAGCCAAAAGAAGAGGAAGUGAAGAGUCAAAUGGCAGAAGAUGAAGUGGAAAAGGAUCUUAAGUUUUCACUGCAAGGCAAAGAUCAUCAAAGGAGAGAAGAAGCAGCCAGAAUCAUCCAGAAGUACUGGAAGAAGUAUAAGGACAAGCAAGACAUAACUGAUCUGGACAAGGCAAUUAUUACACUUGAGGCAGCUUUCAGGGGACAUUUAGGUCGACAGAAACAGUUACGGAAGAAGAGGACUCGUGAGGCAAAUUCUCAUAACAGGAACUCCUGCAGGUCUUCCAUGUCAAACUCCUCAAGCUCAUCUUCUGGUUUCAAGGAGAAAGAUGAGAUGCUGCCAUUCAUCCAGUCUGUUUUCAAGGCUCACUUACCACAUGAAGAACAGCUUGUGGAGAGUAUACUACAUGAGAAAGGAGAUUCUGCAGUUCAGAGUCCAGAGAAGAAACCAGUUUUAGCAGGAACCCAGAGAUGACCUUCAAACUUCAUGUUGUCUCUUCCUGGUAAUUUCAUUUCCUUCUGUGUUCGAAAGUAAUGUGUAUUUUGAGUGGGUGCACACAGUUUUAUAGAGAACAUCUGCACAUGCAGAUUCAUAAUUGGA